AACCAUUGCAAGCAUUCUCAGUGCACAGAAGCGUUUCCGUGCACGUCCUACUUGUAAGCUCUACAGCAGGGCGAUUUUGCGCGUUCCCGAGACUCUCGCCAUAGAAAACAAAGCUGAACGUCUUCCAUAACAGCUAGGGGUGCAGACUUGAGGAAUAUCUGAAUUUAACCUGGAUACAUCAUGCUGAAUAUGGAUUUACAGGGGGUGUAGCAUCGUUGGAGACCAAGCCUUCUCGGCUGGGGUGACGGCAGGACAUUAGCGAAACCGACGAAAAUAACAUCAGUGUUUUUUUUUCUCGGGGUGCUUUGUCUUGUCCACCUAACGAUAGCAAACCAUCAUUCCAUUUCAAUUGCAACAUAUUCAGCUAGUGAUUACUAGCUGCUGCCAGGAUGUAUCAUCAUGUUGUCACCUAAAAGUAACUGCUAGGACGUUGGAUUGUGAAGGAUAAGCAGAAAACCUCUCCGAGGUUCUUACGGGUUGUCACCGGGACCUGAAUCUGUGUUAGCCACAGUCGCGGAACCCACUGUUUUCGGCGAUAUGGCGGAGCAGGGCUACACAUCUUGGAGGGAGAGGGAGAGGGAGAGAGAGAGAGAACUGGCAUACUCCCUAGUUGACUCCAGCCAGGUGUCCACCUUCCUCAUCUCCAUCCUUCUCAUCGUCUAUGGCAGCUUCAGGUCAUUAAACAUGGAUUGUGAGAACCAGGAGAAGGAUAAAGAUGGUAACCCCACAACAACAGGGACUUUCAAUAACAGCAACACAAACAACAGUGCGUGUUACCGACAUGGUAUUCAGACUAUAGACUCCACACAGGCCCUGUUCCUGCCCAUAGGAGCCUCUGUGUCUCUGCUAGUCAUGUUCUUCUUCUUUGACUCAGUACAGGUGGUCUUCACCAUCUGCACUGCAGUUCUUGCAACAAUUGCAUUUGCAUUCCUCUUGUUGCCAAUGUGCCAGUAUCUGACCAGACCCUGCUCCCCACAGAACAAGAUUUCCUUUGGCUGCUGUGGGCGUUUCACUCUGGCUGAGCUCCUGUCCUUCUCCCUCUCUGUUAUGUUGGUGCUCAUCUGGGUGCUGACUGGACACUGGCUUCUCAUGGACGCUUUAGCCAUGGGCUUGUGUGUCGCCAUGAUAGCCUUUGUACGACUUCCCAGUCUGAAGGUGUCUUGCCUGCUGCUGUCAGGACUGCUCAUUUAUGACGUGUUCUGGGUGUUCUUCUCAGCCUACAUCUUCAAUAGUAAUGUGAUGGUUAAAGUUGCCACUCAACCUGCUGAAAAUCCCAUAGAUGUUCUGUCCAGGAAGCUCCACCUGGGGCCAGGGAUGGGCCGCGACGUCCCCCGUCUCUCCUUACCUGGCAAACUGGUCUUUCCCAGUUCCACAGGAAGUCACUUCUCAAUGCUGGGAAUAGGAGACAUCGUGAUGCCGGGGCUGCUGUUAUGCUUCGUCCUGCGCUAUGACAACUAUAAGAAGCAAGCAAAUGGGGAAGUCCCAGGGCCUGGUAACAUGUCUGGACGCAUGCAGCGCGUCUCCUAUUUCCAUUGCACUCUCAUCGGAUACUUUGUGGGUCUGCUGACUGCCACUGUGGCCUCCAGGAUCCAUCGUGCUGCUCAGCCCGCUCUGCUCUACCUGGUGCCCUUCACCCUGCUGCCUCUGCUCACUAUGGCCUACCUGAAGGGGGAUUUGCGGCGCAUGUGGUCCGAGCCCUUCCAUACCAAGACCAGCAGCUCCCGCUUCCUGGAGGUAUGAUGCACCCUGGGAUAAACGACCAGCACGGGGAGGACUGCGGAUCCUUUACCUUAAUUAGAGGGAAGGAGAGAGGGCGCACUCACAGUGAGGCCAUGUUGUCAUCACUUGUUCAUGCUUUCCGCCAGUCUUCUGUGAAAACCCUCAGAAGGACACCAGUGUGUGGAUCACAACGCCCCAACACGACUCAUCUUUGGUUCCUACAUCCUUCCCGUUUCAUCUCUGCUUCCUCUUUUACUGUUUAUUUCCUCUUCAUUAUAGCACAUCCUGCCUAUGCUGUUUUUGUUCUGGCCCCCUCCCUCUCUUUUUUUCCUUUUCCCCUCUUCUGUAGUUGGUCUCAUUUGCCACUUCCUGUUCCAUUCAUCAGGCCUCUUCUCGCUGCUUUUUCCUUCUUUCUCUGCGUCUUUAAUUUUCUCUGCAUCUCUGUUUGUCACUGACUCAGAUGAACUCGAGGGCCAGGCCUACCCCCUUUUUGUGGACUUAGGGUUGUGAGACAUGGCUGGGGUUUCUAUAUAUUUUUUUAGCAUUGUUGUGGUCAUUAUUAUUAAUAUUAAUAUUAUUAUGGAACAAUUUAAACAAACGGAAAAGAGGCGGAGUGUUGCAGUGGCACAGGACAGUGCUCGGGAGCAGCGACACAGUAAAGGAGAAGAGUCUUCCCCCUCUAUCCGUCUCCCUCUUUCUCCCCUGCUUUCUUCGUCUGUCCCAUCACCCCACCACAAUGGCUUCUUCCCUGCACUCCAGCCCUCCUCUGACACUCCUCCUAUCUGUUCAUCUGCUGUCCCCAUUCCCCGCCCUCACAGAUAACUAUGUAUUUUAUUUAGAAAAGUUUUAUUCUUGUCAUAUACAGAAAUGAUGCAUUAUAAAUUGUUAAGCUGCCCCCAGCGUUUGAGGGGCUGCUUCUAUUUGUAUAUAUGUGUAUUUGCGGUAUCUUGAGUUUGUAUUUGUGUUCGGGAGCAUGUUGAAUAGGGUGGGAAACUGACGCCAGCCAACAGCCGAAUUUUGGUAAAUUUCAGUUGUCGAGUCGACUGGUGAGCAUCCAUCAUUUAGAGGUUGUUUUCUAAAGUUUGUUGGCUUGUGUAAUAGAAACGUAGCUGAUGGGUUUUUUGGGGGGGGAAACAAAACAUCUGCAUCGGUGGCUGGUUGAUUUAAAAGGUUAGUUUCCUGCUCUAGUGUUAAAGUGUGUGUGUGUGUGUGUGUGUGUGUGUGUGUGGGAGAGCGAAACAGAUGAGUGAAUGGUUGUUUUACUUGGUUUUAAUUUUAAAUCAUGAACAUGUUAAAAACAGUGACAAUAGUCAGGUUUCCAUUGAGCUGGGCGUGUUGGAUCCAGCUGUCAAACACAUAACAUGUCUAAUGGAAACAGUUUGUGUCUAACUUGUAAAAAAAAAAUUUACCGAAGACCCAACAGGGGGUUCAUUUUCUUUUUAUCAGUCUCUCUGCAGACAGGUGGAAAUGUAAAGUGUUUUUUUCAAAUAAAUGAAUGUUGAAUUAAUUUUAAGGUAUACUAUGUUACUUUUCAUCAUGAAACCACAUCACACAUCUUGCUGGGUUUUGUACUGAACUUCUCUUUGUGCACAUCCUAAAGUUACACACAUUUGUGGCCAUGGAAACACUAAAAGCAUCUUAUUUCAGGUUUCACAAGUCUAUAAAUGUCUGGGCAUGAUGAUAUCAGAUCAGUUUUUAUAUGUUUUGACAAAAGACAAGUCAGUGGAGCAGCACAACAGUACAUCUCAUCUGAACUUUGUAAAUGUCAGUGUUUCACCUCAGACGAUGAAGACCUGACUAUUGUGAAAGUUUGGAGUCAAAGCCUGGAGAUGAGGGCCAGUGAGAUAUGAAGACAUACUAUGGUUAGAUACAUAUGUAGUUAUAGAUAAAGGAGUGUGUGUGUGUGUGUGUGCGUGUGUGCGUGCGUGCGCAGGCGCCAGAUCAAAUAAAGUCUGUUUGGACCUAGGGAGGGGAGAAAAUCAGUUAUGCCCUUGAGAAAUUGAAAAUGGAAAUUUAGAAAUUAAAACUAACCCAUAGGAUGUUUUUGCUGUCACCAUUUGGUCUCUGACAGUUUUCUUUUUGUCCUUCCACGUUUUUGUGGUGCUUGUCGGUUAAUAUCUAAUGUAUACUGGAAAAAGUGUGAGUGAUUCAGAGAGACAUACGACACAGUUUGCUGGCUUUUUGUUUUGUUUUUUUACUUUUUUAUGCUAUCUGGCCGUGCAUGUUAAGUGUACAGUGUAUCAUUUCUUGGACUGCAUCAAUAGGGCUACUGCAGUUUUGAGUCUGCUGGCCGAUACCGAGGCACUGGACCUAUGAGCUUGCCCACACAGAGCAGCGUCAGUGGGUGGGAGAAAGGCUGCAGGUCAGAAAGACUGCGACUGGUCAGCUCUGACCUCCUCUGACUGAUAUUAUGACCUGAAUGCUGUCAGGUUGGGACGUCCGACCUGCCGCUCAGUGCAGUCGUCGAAACUCGGACAUCAUGGAACCACAAACCCCCUUCACCUCUCCAUGGACAUGGCAAGAAAAUAUAUAGAUUUAUAUACAUAUAUAUAUAUAUAUAUAUAUAUAUAUAUACAUAUAUAUGUGUGUAUAUAUACAUACAUACAUAAAUAAAUAAUUGAUGACGAUCAUGGUGAUAAAAAGUUUUUUUUAUAUAUAUAGAAAAAGGAUUUCUUUUUACCCCCUCGUUGUUGUUUUUUUUUCUUUUUCUUUAGUGGUUUAGUUUUUUUAUUUUUCUUUCCACCUCUUCUUCCCUCCAGCAGAGGACUCCAGCUCUGCUGGUGCAUUGAUAUUACCGCUGAAUGGAUUCUGUAUAGAAAAAUGGUGAAUAAAUAAAUUAAGAACUGUGUAGUGAAACAUGAAUCCUGAAGCGCUUGAUCUAAAACACUUUGUCUCCUUUUAACCCCUCCUUCUGCCCUCUCCCCUUCUUUCCCUCCUCGUUCAGGAUUCUGCUGUAAAUAAACAUGACUCUAACUGUAA